GUGGUCUGUUCCUUGUUCACGACUUUGUCUCUCUCUCUCACUCUCGCACUGGAUGCUUUCCUUUCCACUGUCUAGUAACUCUUGUGAUCUCCACUCUUCUUUAUCGGUAUAAGGACCGCGGAAGAAAGAAUAACUAGAUCUUUUCUCAGAUCAAUGUGCGCUUCCCAUUCUUCGUCUCUCAUUGCUGCUGUUUGGGAUUUGAAGCGUGCCUUUCCCAUUUGUUUUUAACAGAUCGCUCCUGUAGAAAAGCUUACAUUUUGGCUUCUCCAACUGGUGAACGAACGAUCUUGGUGCCGCUGGUAGAAGGAUCUACAUUGCUUUUCUCCAUCUGUUCUUGACCUGCUAUGGGGUUCAUCUCGAGAAACAUUAUCCCAGCAUGUGGCAACAUGUGCGUUUGUUGCCCAGCGUUGAACCCUAGCUCUCAGCGCCCUGUGAAACGGUACAAGAAAUUGCUAGCUGAAGUCUUCCCCAAAAAUCUCGAUGGUCUUCCUAAUGAAAGGAAAAUCACGAAGUUAUGUGAAUAUGCUGCUAAGAAUCCACUUCGGAUCCCAAAGAUUGCAAAGUAUCUUGAACAAAGAGGUCACAAGGAAUUGCGAAAUGGGCAUAUCAACUUUGUAAAGAUUAUUACUGAAGUCUAUAGCAAAUUGCUUUACAUAUGUAAAGAACAAAUUGCAUAUUUUGCUGUCAGCCUGUUGAAUGUUAUUGUUGACCUUCUGGAUAGCAAGAAGCAAGAUGACAUAAAGGUUGUUGGAUGCCAAACAUUAACAAGAUUCAUUUAUAGUCAGGCGGAUAAUACAUACAUAUGGAACAUUGAAAGCUUGGUCCUGAAAGUCUGUGUGCUUGCACGUGAGGGUAGGGGAGAACAGAAAAAGCUUUUACGGGCUGCAAGUCUACAAUGCUUAUCUGCUAUGAUUUGGUUCAUGAAUAUGCAUUCAUAUAUCUUUGCUGGUUUUGAUGAGAUCAUAUUUGCUAUCUUGGAAAAUUAUCUAACUGAAGAGCAAAAUGAUGGUGAGAGAUGCGAGUCACAUCAUAAUUGGGUUGACGAAGUAGUUAGGGGUGAAGCAAGAAGUGUUGUGACAAUCAUGGGAAGUGUUAGUCCUUGCAAUACUGUUGUAAGGCGGCGGCCAGAAUCCAAAGAUUCUACUUUGCUAACAAGAGAAGAGAAAGAAUCUCCUGAAGUUUGGUUAGGGAUUUGCAUAGAGAAGCUUGCUGAAUUUGCCAAUGAAAGCAUAACUACACGUCGUGUACUAGAGCCAAUGCUUGCUUACUUUGAUCAAGGAAGACAUUGGGCUUCUCGUAAUGGGCUUGCUUUAAUAGUCUUGUGUGACAUAGCUCAUUUAGGGAAAAACUCAGAAAAUGAAAUGCUUGUUUUGGCUGCUAUAAUCCGACACCUGGAUCACAAAAAUGUUGUGCAUGAUUUACAAUUGAAGUCAGAUAUAGUUCAGAAUGCCACUUUCUUUGUACGACAACUGAAAUCAAGAGUAAUGACUGCUGAAGUUGGUGUAGUAAGUGACUUGUGCAGGCAUUUAAGGAAAAGCCUUCAGGCCACAGUUGAAUCAGUUGGGCUACAAGAAUCAACUUGGAAUGACUCACUUCAAAAUUCCAUUGAGGAUUGCCUACUAGAAAUUAUAAAAGGAAUUGGAAACAUAUGUGUGAUCUUUGACAUGAUGUCAAUAACAUUGGAGAAGCUCUUGUCAAUGACACCGGACAAACUUUUGGCGACCACAAUUGUUUCCAGGGCAACCAUUAGAUCUUUGUUAGUUGUUGCUCAUAUUAUCUCUCUGGCAUCUACUAAUACUCAAUCACAGGUGUUUCCUGAUUCACUAUUGGCACAACUGUUGAAGACUAUGAUGCAUCCAGAUCUUGAAACUCGUGUUGGAGCCCAUCAGAUAUUUUCUGUACUUCUUGGACAAAAUCUUAAUCAUCCAAGGCGUGAAUCUGAGUAUCUCUUUGAAACAAAGAAGUGGCAAUCCAGAACAUCCUCAGUUUUUGAAUCUGCAACUGCUUUACUAGAGAAACUCAGAAAAGAGAAAGAAUGCUUAAAUGGAGAUAAGAAGGUACCUAAUGUCAAUGAUGGGACGAAGAUGAUAAAUUUGGGUGAUGAAGAAUGGAAGAAUAGUUGGAUUCAGAAAAAUUUACCAUAUUUUAGUACACUUAGUCGAUCUAUUAUUGACAGAAUUGUUACAUCUCCAAGUUCCUUGGACCAUGAUAUUGGCAUUAUGGGUCUAACUGAAGAUCAAACUACUCAAUUACUUUCGGCUUUCUGGAUACAGGCUAACUGGGUUAAUAAUAAGCCUAUAGAUUUUCAGGCUAUUGCUCAUUCUUUUGGCUUGACUCUUCUUUCUUCACAUCUCAAGAAUUCCAGUGCUAGCAGUGUUAUUCAUUCCUUCCACAUGCUAUUAUCUCUUACAAAGGUUUCUCUUGAUCCAAAUGGAUUGCUUUCACCUUCAUGUCAGAGGUCUCUAUUCACGUUGGCUACAGGGCUUUUAGCAUUUUCAGGAAAAAUAUUUCACAUUUAUGGAUUAAAUGAUUUGCUAAAAACUUUUCUGCAGUCUGAGAUUGAUCCAUAUAUCAAAGUUGGUGAAGAUUUCCAGAUAUAUGUAAGACCUCAAUCAGAUAUGCAUAGCUAUAGUUCUGAAAGUGAUCAACUAGCAGCAAAAUCUACUCUCUCAAACAUAAGCAACACAAUGGACCAUUCAAAUCUGAAGUUACUUGAUGUGGUUGUUGACGGGUUGUCAACAUUAUUUGAUCUGGAGAGGGAUGCCCUAGCUAAGCAACUGGAUGGGAAUUUCUUGCCUGAAGAUGCACCUUUUUUUGCAUUGGAGCCUGCAUUGAACUGGAAUAAUGGCCAAGCUCUUGAGACUGAAGAAUCAGUCUUGUUUGACGAGGAAUGUUCAAGGAGCUCAUCCGUCAACAUAGAAGCAGUUAACCAGUCACCAGUUAUGGAUAUCCCAGGGAUCCUGUCCAAGACACUUCCAUCAGCUUCCCCUGGAGUUCUAAGCAUUGGUCAAUUGCUGGAGUCAGCACUAUAUGUAGCUGGUCAGGUGGCUGGGUCGUCUGUCUCAACCUCCCCUCUCCCCUAUGGUACAAUGGCUAGUCACUGUGAAGCUAUUAGUAUGGGCACAAGGAAAAAGUUAUCAAGUUGGCUAACUAGUAGUCAUGAUUCGGUGUCAAAUGAUCAACCACCAACUAAUGCGGAUGACCAAAAGUUCACGCAGAAGGUGAACUCGUAUGGGUUAGAACUAACUCCUGCUCGUCUGGAACCACUGCGAAGUCUGAGACUACCUCCUGCAAGCCCUUUCGACAACUUCUUGAAGGCAGCUGGUUGUUGACAGCAUGAAUGAUUAUCUACUCCGUUGCUAACCAGUGCCAGUGGAGCAUCUUUGUAUAAUUAGGUUUUAGGCUACUUGUUAGUGGAUUCUGACUCGCACAAACUUGGGUUUUCUGAAUUUUUGUGAUAUGUUUUUGUGCAGUGGAGUUAUAUUUCCCUGCUGCUUGUGUCCUGUGAUGAUAGGUAGACAGGCUAAAGGCUUACGAAUAUGCUUUCUUGCAAACAUCUCGGAAACAUGCUCGAACAAAUGGUGAAAUUUUAGCUUUUGAAUGCAUUUCUUUUGUUUUGAAAAAAAGAUGGAUAAGAUGAUAAACUGAAAAGAUGAAUAUAUAUAUCAAAGACAAGCGGCUGGGUGGAGUUAUCUGUU